UUUUAAAUACAAAUAAAGCACGAGAAUUGAGAAAAAAAAGAGAAAAGUCUUGGGGGAAAAAUAGAAAAUAAAAGAAGAAAUUUGACUGAAAGUUCCUAAUUAGCCUAUCUUCCCUUCCUUCUCCGAAGACCAGCUUACAUUUUCUCAGCUGGUCAAACAACAUACACAGUAACACUGAAUCCCCUCUCUCUCUCUCUCUCUCUCUCUCUCUCUCUCUCUCUAGCAAAUGAGGGGGGCACUUGAAGAACUCCAUAGAUGACGAAACCCUUUUCAGCCGUCAUCUCCGCCGCGAUACUAUUCCUCGUCGCCCUGACCUCCCCGCCGCCGGCGUCCGCCCUCGGUGGCUCCGCCGCCACCGUCGCCGCCGUGUACGGCUCCUCCACCACCGUAUGUUCCAUUGCCGCCAACCAAGCCAUCCAGCAAAUCCAAUGCUGGAGUGAUGGCCAAUUACUGCCCCCAAUCCUCCCCACCACCUCCUUCGACUACCUCUCCGGCGGCCGCGACACCCUCUGCGCCGUCCGCUCCCGCGGCUUCAGCCUCCUCUGCUGGAACACCACCUUUGACCCCAAGAGAAUCUACAACACCUCCUCCGCGCCGCUUACUUCCCUCGCAAUCGGCGAUACCCAAAUCUGCGCAUUGAGGAACACCACCGGCGGCGAAAAUGCAAUUUGCUGGCGAGGAAAUGACGUUUCUCCCGCUCAAUUUCCCGAUCGAUUUCGCAUGGUUUCGUCGGGGCUCCGAUUUUCCUGUGGAGUUGUUGAGGCCAGCGGCAGGGUUUUGUGUUGGGGAGGCGACGGCGGCGGCGGCGGCGUGACUUCAUCUUCAAUCCAAUCAGAAUUUGCGAAUUUUUCAAUGUUCAAUAUUCACGUCGGCGGAAGCCACGCCUGCGGAAUUAGCAAUUCGGGAAUCGUGAUUUGCAGAGGCAGCAACGACGACGGCCAGCUGAAUAUACCGUCGAACACCUCCGGCGACUACAGAGACCUCGCGCUCGGAGCAAACCACACGUGCGCGAUCAGACGAUCGAACGGCGCCGUCGUGUGCUGGGGCGGAAAGGGAGAGUUCUCGAGCAGCAUUACCAACGAAAUCUCAUUCGAAUCCAUUGUAGCAGGCCUCAAUUUCACCUGCGGUUUGACGCGGCGCAAUUUCUCGGUCAUCUGCUGGGGCGCCGGAUGGCCUACCGCCGCGGCGAACGAGCUGCCGUUGCAGAAGACUCUCCCGGGGCCCUGCGUCGACACGCCGUGCUCCUGCGGCGAGUAUCCCGAUUACCAGACGCUCUGCGUCGGCGACGGCCAUAUCUGUGCUGCUUGUGAGCCGAUUUCCUUCAAUCCGCCUCUGUCUCCGCCUCCGUCGCCGCCGCCUAGUAUUAGCCCUAAUUCCUCGCCUUCGCGGGGGCUGAGGAGGGGCUUAUUGGCGUUUGCAAUUGUAGGAUCCGUCGGCGGCUUCAUAGGGAUUUGUUCGGUCCUUUACUGUUUGUGGCGUAGCGGCGCUUGUUUCGGGAAGAAGAAGGUGCACAACUCCGUUCAGCCGACCAUCACCAAUGCGGCGGCGGCGGCGGCGGCGGCGAAUCAGCAAUCCAGCAGUAAUCCGCCGUCGCGAUCGUCGACUCUCCGGCGGCAGGCGUCGAUGCUGAUGCGGCGGCAGCGGAGCGGCACGUCGUCGAAACACGCCGACAAAGCGGAGGAGUUUCUCUUCUCCGAUCUCGCCGAGGCCACGCACAACUUCGCCGCCGAGAACAGAAUCGGCGCCGGCAGCUUUGGCGUCGUCUACAGAGGGAAGCUCCCCAACGGCCGCGAGGUCGCGAUCAAGCGGAGCGAAUCCGGCCCCAAAGCGAAGAAAUUUCAGGAAAAGGAAAACGCAUUCGAAUCGGAGAUCUCGUUUCUAUCGCGGCUGCAUCACAAGCAUCUGGUUAGGUUAGUCGGCUUCUGCGAGGAGCGAGACGAGCGGCUGCUGGUGUACGAUUACAUGAAGAACGGCGCUCUAUACGAUCACCUCCACAGCAAGGGCAACGUCGAGAAGAGCAGCAGCGUGGUGAAUUCAUGGCGGAUGCGGAUCAAAAUCGCGCUCGACGCCGCGCGCGGCGUCGAGUACCUCCACAGCUACGCCGUGCCGCCGAUCAUCCACCGCGACAUCAAGUCCUCCAACAUCCUGCUCGACGCCAAUUGGACGGCUAGGGUUUCCGACUUCGGGCUGUCGCUGAUGGGGCCGGAGGACGAUCGCGACUACCGGCCGAUGAAGGCGGCCGGCACCGUCGGCUACAUCGACCCCGAGUACUACGGCCUGAACGUGCUGACGGCGAAGAGCGACGUCUACGGCUUCGGGGUGGUGCUGCUGGAGCUGCUGACGGGGAGGCGGGCGAUUUUCAAGGACGGGGAGGCUCCGGUGAGCGUGGUGGACUACGCGGUGCCGGCGAUCAUGGCCGGGGAAGUGGGGCGGAUCCUGGACGGGCGGGUCGGGGCGGCGGAGGUGAGCGAGCUGGAGGCGGUGGAGCUGGUGGCGUACACGGCGAUGCAUUGUGUGCAUUUGGAAGGGAAGGAUAGGCCUUCCAUGACUGACAUUGUUGCUAAUUUGGAUCGAGCUUUGUCGCUGUGUGAAGAUAGCCAUGGCAGCAUCUCGAGUGGGACGAUUUCGAUUGUUUCGGAUUGAAUUCUAAUUCUUUUUUUUUUUUAGAUUGUUUUUGAGCAAAUUGUUUGCUUAGUGAGAUUUUUAGCCUUAGGAUUUUGUAAAUUCAUUCAUAGUUUCACAGUUACAAUUGUUUCUCAAAACAAAAAAAAAAAUGUUUUAGCUUCUAUACACUGCAGAUUCUUCUUGGCUUUGAGUGUGAAAAGAUUUCGAAAAGAAAA